AUGGCGGCGCAGGAAGUGAAGAGAGACGCAGAAACCGAGGAGAAAGAAAAGGCAGAAGAACAGAGAAGACGCCAGCACAGAGAGGGGCGGGAGGCACCUGGGCGGACAGCGAAAGGCGACGGAGAGUGCGGCGCAAGGGGAAACGUUGAGAGAGGAAGCGAUGAAAGCGAAACUGCGCGAGGAGACGCAGAGGCGAACGACCAGCAAGCGGCGGACGAACGCGCCACAGAUGACAGCGACGACGAGCCUAAGGUGUACAGACAGCCGGAAGGCAUGAUUCAAUAUGUCUUCCAGUGGGGAAUUGGCAACGCCUUUCGAGCAAUCAGUGCCAAUAGAUUCCGGCCAGUGCAUGCAGCCCGGCCGAAGGAGGUGUCUAUACACCCGAGCUACUUUGAGUCGCCGCAUCCGUGUUUGAUCUGGGAGCCGUUGAACGAAGCCUGGGAGGUCUACUUUUACGAAAAUUUGAAGAAAUCUGCAAAGCCGUUCCCUGUGAAGAAGUUCGGCAUCGCGCGGGCCAAGCGCGAGGCUCUCGCCUUCCUCAAACAGAUGGAGGAGGAAGGACGCAUGGAAAAACCAACCUUCUCUUCCGGAGUUGAAGGAGUCACUUUCGAUCAAGUGACGGGGAGUUGGAUUUGUCGGUAUGUGGACGAGGAUGGGCGUUGCAUGUCUCGAGGUUUUGGCGCAGAUUUCCACGGUUUUGAGGAAGCGAAGAAGCUGGCAAUUGAGCGUCAAGAGGCGAUGAAGAACCUCGAAGCAGACUGUCUAGGCCGCAACAUGCGCCUUGCGAAAGAAAAGUGA